UCUGACAUGGCAAAGCACUAUUGGCUACUCGCGAGCGCACAAGCGGAGCAGCGGCAUGUACUACCUUUUCACCUGAGCCUGGUCGCAUGCAAUCGCCGCUCGAUGCAUACAUGUAUUGAAUAUCUCACUUUCUUUCAACGAAAACGAAGAGACGACCAAUCCCAGUCGUCGGCGACAUCGCUAGAUAGAGAGAUGUCAUCAGAGUUUAUUAUCAGUGAAGACUCGGCGCGGCUCGGCUACGGCUCCCGGCUAUCAUCGCAGCGCUUUGACUCGUCGCGUUUCGACUCGUUUAUUGACUACACUAAUGAAGACCACCACGAAGGAGGCUUGGAGGAAUACUUGGACACGUCGCCUCAUGGCGGCGGCUAUGUGGCGGCGCCGCCUCCAGCGGAGGUGGUGGUGUCUGAAGCCGGCGAGUUUGCCGCUAAAGGACCAACUCUGCCGCCUCCGGCGGAGAAGGGUUUCGCUCUCGGGGAGUGGAGAAGACAAAACGCGAUUCGGCUAGAGGAGAAGGAGAGGAAGGAGAAGGAGACGUUGAAGGCAAUAAUCGAGGAAGCCGAUGAAUACAAAGCAGAGUUCUACAGGAAAUGGAAGAUCAAGCGUGAGAAUAGCAAAGCUCUCAGCAGGGAAAGGGAAAAGAAGUUUCUAGAAGGCAGAGAGAAGUUCCAUGCAGAGGCAGACAAGAGUUUCUGGAAGGCCAUUGCUGAGCUUAUACCAAGAGAAGUUCCAUUGAUGGAAAACAAGGAAAAGAAACCUCCUACCAUUGUUGUCAUUCAAGGCCCCAAGGCAGGAAGGCCAACCGAUCUCUCUCGUAUGCGCCACCUCCUCGUGAAGCUCAAGCACGAGCCACCUGUGCACAUGAUCAAGCGGCCGCCUCAGCAACCUGAAAAAACCACCCCCGUUGCUCUUCCGAGCACGUCCCCGGAGCAAGGUGUGUUUGCUUUUGUAGAGUGAAGUUUGUUAUGUAAAUAUCAUAUGUUGCAAGAAAUAAAAUGAACACAGAUUUACUCACA